AUGGCUAGCAAAGCCUCCAGGUGGGCCGUCAGCCAGGAGGACGUCGCCAAAGCGAAACAAGAGCGCGAGGCCAAGCGCCGUGCCAAAGCCGCAAAGGCCGCGGCGCGCAAGGCCCAGGAAGAGACCGCCGCCCAGGCCCAAUUGCAGAGUCAACAACCAGCAUCUGAGAACGGACCACCGGCAAAGAGGCGUAGGGUGACGCCCGCUCCCGAUGCCGCACAAAACGACGACGACGACGAUGGCGGCCGCGGUGCUACGAACGAGCACAGGCUGCUGAGGUUACCGGGACUCCCGUUUGGCAAGUGCAGAAGCGUUGAAAACUAUGACAAACUCAACGACAUUGAAGAGGGCGCCUACGGUUGGGUUGCGAGGGCGAAGGAACUCGCGACAGGGAAAGUAGUGGCUCUGAAAAGGUUAAAGAUCGACCCGAAAGAUCGAAGUGGUUUGCCGGUGACGGGCUUACGUGAGAUCCAGAUCCUCAAGGACUGCAGCCACAGAAAUGUGGUGGAAAUGCAUGAGGUGGUGGUUGGUGACGACACCAGCAAGAUUGAAAACAUCUUCCUGGUGCUCGAGUUUCUUGAACAUGACCUCAAGAGCGUAUUAGAAGACAUGCCAGAGCCGUUCCUCUCCUCAGAGGUAAAGACGCUACUCCUGCAGCUCGCGGCAGGUGUGAAUUACCUUCACGAAAACUUUAUCCUCCAUCGAGACCUCAAAACCUCAAACCUCUUACUCAACAACCGCGGCCAGCUGAAGAUUGCAGAUUUCGGUAUGGCGAGGUACGUGGGAGACCCGCCGCCGAAACUGACACAGUUGGUUGUCACCUUGUGGUACCGUGCACCAGAGCUUCUGCUUGGGACGAUCAAGUACGGUCAGGCAGUAGACAUGUGGAGUGUGGGGUGCAUAUUUGGCGAGCUGCUCACCCGUGAGCCAUUACUGCAAGGGAAGAACGAAGUCGACGAGCUGACAAAGAUAUUUGAGCUUUGCGGCGUGCCAACCGAGGAGACCUGGCCUGGCUUUCGGCGCUUGCCCAACGCAAGGUCUUUGAGGCUGCCCAAAAACCCACAGGCUGCCGGUUCCGUGAUCAGGGCGAGAUUUCCACUGCUCACUGCAGCGGGGAGCGCUCUGCUUUCAGGGUUGCUAUCAUUGGACCCUGAGAGAAGGAUCACAUCCAAAGAGAUGUUGGCACAUGACUAUUUCAAGCAAGAUCCUAGACCAAAGCAUGAAAGCAUGUUCCCUACAUUUCCCAGCAAGGCUGGCCAGGAGCGGAGGCGCCGCCGAGACACGCCAAAUGCCCCCAUUCGGGGCCAGGCUGCUGAUUUUGGGGAUGUCGAUUUUACGGGCAUCUUUGCACGCCGUGAGAGGGAAGAGAAAGGUGCCGGGUUUCAGCUUCGUAUGAUAUAG